AUAGCACAACGUCACCUGUGGCUGCAAGUGAGUUUGGUGUGUGGUUUAAGUACUUCCUGUAAUGGUGGAAACUACAUUUUUAAACACGCACAGACGCAUUUAUCAGCUUGUUGUUGUUUUUUGCAUGAAUUUUGUCUGGAAGGAUUCAGUCGUGACCGUCUGUCUGGAUCACAGAGGAGCCGAAACCGGUGCGAGAUGGAGAGCUGCGACUUCCAGAGUCAGCUGCUGUCCGUCAUGGAAGUCCUGGCCAAGGCGGCUGUAGCUGAGAUAAACCGGCGUGUGGACCAGAGCUGCACGGUGCUCAGGCUGGAGGUGAGCCAGAGCCGGCGGGACAUCGACCUGCUGAAGAGCAAGUGUGAGGUGAUGGAGGCAGAGCUGAGGAAGAGCCGGAUGAGGGCCAGGAGAAAAGUGUUUAACAAUCCAUCAGCGGGGAGAUUCUCUCCUCUCGUCAAAGUAGUUCUGAACAAAGAAACUCAGCGCUCGCACUGGGACACACCGGUGGAAGCUCAGGCUCCAGAUCAACCCCAGCAGUGUGCUGAGGCCGUGGAGCUUGCUAAUGGGCCUGAUCACAUACGGAUCAAAGAGGAGUGUGCAGAAGAGGAUAUGUGGAAAAAUGAUGCAGAGGACAGAUCAAUCUCUGGAGCCAAGCAUCAGCCGUAUUUCGACACAACAAAUCCUGACCAGGCCGACAGCUUUGCAGAGCUUUACUGCUCGGCUGAAAACCCGGCCCUCUCUGAAGAUCUGGUUUCCCAAGUAGACGGCUACAGCGCUUUCCCAGAGCAGCAGCUGAACAGCAGCCAAAAUGGGAUUGAACUUGUAGUGAAACACGAGAAAGAGGAAGAGGCCGAUGAGGACGCAGCUCCACUCGGUUCAGCACACACUGUUGUGACAGAGACAGCUGAGGGGCAGCUGUGGCCAUCCAGCAUGUGCAGAGACAUGGGUGACCCAGGUGUCCCGUACACCGGGCAGCAGUUUGAGCAGAUUCCUGCUGCAUUUGCAUCUCCAGCCCAGUUGCAUUUGGAGGAUGUGGCACCCAGAGUUCACUCUGUUGGGAAAUUCAAUUCUCUUGUGCAAAGUUCUGCACGAGUGAAAAGACGAGGGAGAAGUUUUGGAUGUAAGAUGCCACAGUCAGAGGAAGGACAAAACUCUGCAUCCCAGAUGAACUCCACAGAUCCCACCUUGAUUCCUCAACAGUUACAGCAUCAGAGCAGAGACACUGCUCCUCACGCGAGUAAUCCAGACGAGAACCGGACUGGGCCGAACCCCGCAGGCCCCUUCCCCACACACAGGGUUGGCAGCAGCUUGAGCCUGGCGAGGAGGAUGAGGACGCCCUGGAGGUCCGGGCUCGGCGAGAAGCGGUUCAGCUGCACGUACUGCGACAAAAGCUUCACCAGGUUCAGCCAGCUCAAAGAGCACCUGAGGAGUCACACGGGCGAGAAGCCGUUCAGCUGCAUGCAGUGCGGCCGGAGCUUCACCAAACAGUGCAACCUCAUCAGACAUGCGGUGGUCCACAGCGGGGAGAAGCCCUACGAGUGCUCACUGUGCGGGAAGUGCUUCACCCAGCGCUCCAGCCUCAAGUCUCAUCAGAAAACAGCGCACUUAUAACGUUUAUUUUAUACAACCGCCGCCCGUGUGGAGAACAUUUUCAUGGCUUUCCUAAUUGGUUUUGUUUUUGUGAUGUUACAUAUAUACAUAAUUUUAGACUGAGUGGGACAGAAUUAUAAAACUACAGUCAGGUUUAUGGCCCGGCUAAUGUGUUUCCAUCAGGCUCCACACAGGCUGCAUGCAAAAGAUGGAUUGUGGAAAGUUGUUAUUAAGUGUUUUAUCUUUUUAAGUUUAUUUUUCUUUUUUUAAGCCAGCUGUGGUGAGUAAAGGGUGGAAAUGAACUCAUAGACAGGGUACGCUGUUUUACUCCAACUAGGAACACAUUUAUUCAGUGAGACAUGUUUACUGAGGUCACAAACUGAGUAAAACGGAGUUCUUUUUUCAUAGAGUCGCCCUCUACUGGCUUUUUAAAAGAAUGCAGGUUGAAAGCACUUCUCCAAUGGCUUAAAAUUCAGACCUGAAGGAUAUGUCAGUGUUUCAUAUACAGUCUGUGAUCAGACUGCAAUACUAAUGCUAGCUUCAGUCCUUUUAAUUACUGGUUUCAAAUCACUUUAAUGACUCAUGAAACGUAGCUUUGUGUGUUAAUCCAUCAGCCUUAAUGAGAGGCUAAUGAAAAGCUAAAGAGGCUUUCUACCUCCCAUUCUUCUCUCUUCAUCUUCAACCGUGUUGUUUUUCCUAAAUUACCAAUUUCAUAUCCAUUGUCUUUGAUAUUAACUUAUGUUAAUUUAAUCCUGAUAAGUUUGUCCCUCUGGAGCCCAAACUGCACAUUUGAACAAGUAAAUAAAGUUGCUCUGCAUUUGAACUUGGUCCUCUGUGUUUGAACACAUCUCAGCCCUAUCAGAGGUUAGAUCGGUGUGUGGUGUUUCCAGUAAAUAACAAAGUUACUCAUGCUGGGGGUAAAUCAAAGAAGUACAAAAAAACUGAUGGGCCGUCAAGAAGAGAUUGUCUGGUUCUAACAAAAGCAGUAAUCUCUGCACCCCCUCCCCUCCCAUGUUGUUGUUUUUACAUUUUCAAGCACAAUGUCAGUGUUUUUAUAAGCUGGAAAUCAUUUGAUUAUAAAUUAGAUAUGUUUUAAAUAACUUCUUACAACUGCAAACUGAAGUAGGAACUGUGGUAUGUUUAAACCUCUAGGUCACAUUUUUACAAACAGUCAAUUGAGGAUUAAGUUUGAUUUGAAUUUUAUUGAAUGUUACUGGUCAUAAAACAGAAAGGCGACCUCUGCAGGCCGUACCCCACCUCCCACCCUGUGACAGCUGGGAUAAGUCUCUCGGCCCAUGACCCUGAACUGGAGAUGGAUGCAGAUAGCCUGCAGAUGGAUGGCUGUGACCACUCAUUACAAUAAAUACAUUUCAGUAAACUGAAAGAAAUUUAACCAGAUUAGACUUGAAGGGUUUUGGAAAGUGUCAGACUACUUUAUUUAAAUAUAUGACUCAUGAGAAUUAAACUAACGAUCUUUUGGCACCGCUUGUUUUCAGUCUCAGGGCAUGGAAAUCAAAUUGUGGAGCCAAAGUUUUAUUUAUUUAUUUUAGAAACAGAUCUCGCUUAGGAUGGUCCAGUGGUUAGCACAAAUGCCUCACAGCAAGAAGGUUCCUGGGUUUGAAUCUGUCUAGAGUUUCAAUGUUCCCAUGUUGCCCGUGUAGCUUCAGGUACUCUAGCUUCCUCCUCCAAUCCAGUGAUGCUUGUUAGGGUUAUUGGUGAUUAGAAACUGAUUAAAGACUGACUGGUUGAUCUUUUCUGAAAGCUAAAAUAGGCUCUGGAAUCUGAAUUGAAUAAGGACAAAAUGAGAAAUGCAAGAAAAACUCAGGGAAACUUGUUAUUCAAUCAGAAAAAACAAAAAACAUCUUAAUCUGUAUUCGACAAGGCAAGUACCACAAACAUUUUACACAAAUAUACAAAGGUAAGACAUUACUUUUUCAUUAUAAAUAUGAAAUUAGAUCCUUUAUCCUGUAAAUCUGUGAUAAAAGUUGCAUAGAGGAGUAGUGAUAGGAAAGGACUGUAUAUAUCACUCUACAUGUGCAUUUUAGUUUCUAUUGGAGGGAUCAGACUGAGAUCAGCAGAACGCAACAAAAGCCACAUGAAGGAAAAAAUACCGGCGCUGAUGUUCAACACUAUGAAUCUAAUUUUUAUGAGCCAUUUAGUUUGUACACUGAGAGCUGUUCGGAUAGACAUUUACAAGGAUUUUAAUACUCAAAGUGGAGAUAGACAUGGAAAAACUAAAGACGACUGAUUCAAUUCAGUGGAGUGUAAAGUACAACAAGUCACAGGGUCUCAUAGUUCAUUAAACAAACCGAACCAAA